CGGCUCCCCCUUCCACAACUUCCUGCAUGUGCCGACAAUAUGGCAGCGCCCGUAGCGAUUCACCUGGAGUUUGGGGGUGGAGCAGAGCUGCUUGUCGAUGGUGUGAAGGAUCAUCAUGUGACCCUUCCAAGCCAACCUGAACCUUGGGACGUGAAGCAGCUGCUGGUCUGGAUCCGACAGAACCUGCUGAAGGAACGGCCCGAACUCUUUGUCCAGGGAGACUCCGUGAGACCAGGGAUUCUGGUGCUUAUCAAUGAUGCAGACUGGGAGCUAAUGGGGGAGCUGGAUUACCAACUACAAGACCAAGACAACGUAGUGUUUAUUUCUACUCUUCAUGGAGGCUAGCAAAUGAGAUAGGAAUACAAACAUCCCAUACGUAUCAGUAACAGCCUUUUCUCCACAUCCUCUGCACUCUUACCCCCCGCCCCACAUCUCAACAACACACAAGCCCAUUGGACGCUGGGGAUGUGUCGGCCUGCACGGUGAGGUCUGACCGUGAUUGAUGUUCGUCGCAGGAAUGAGUGGAAAUUCCAAGAUGGUCGCUGAGAAAAAUGUCGAAAACUGUGAGAUGGGCCUUCUGUUGACGUUUAAAACAUUUUUUUAAUUGGACAGGUGUAAAGAGAAGUCAUUUGAAGCUCUGGUUACCUGGCCCACUUACCGGUGUGAGUGUGAAUACCUACUGUAUAGCUGAAGUGUAAACCUUCAUCUACCUACAUCCUCUCUUACAGUGUGACCAUGACUGAUAAAGGCUUCCUCUUCCAUGACCUUCAGUCCACGAGAAAAUAAAAUAAAAGGUAGCACUUCUUUUAACCCCAUUUAAUAAGCAUUUCUUAACCGUGUAUAAAGUAUGUGAGGUUGUGAGCAGAUAUAAGGAUAUCUUAUGGGUGAAUUAAUGUAUUUAUCAACUAUUAUGACUAAUCCUACAAAGAAAUAUUUUAUCUGUUUUUUUUACUAUGAAGGAUUACAGUUGGUGACAAAUAAAGAUCAAACAUGUCCUUUGAUCUGCUUACAGGCAUGUAGUGGUUAUAUAAUGCGUACAAUGCUAUUAAAUGGGUGAAAAGAAAGUGCAGUUUGGGUUUUUUUUGGUUCAAUUUGAUUUGAUAAAAAAAUAUUUUUUCUAACUGCUUUUUUGUAAUUUUCCUCACGUAAUAGAACAAAAAGAUUUAAAGUGUUUUGCUUUUA